AUGGCCUACAACUCCAACGAAUCAUGUAAAGAAGCACAUCCUAAUGCUUUAAAUCCACAGUCCUGGCUCCAAGUUGAAAGAGGCAAGCUUCCCAAGUUGUCAUCACAGUCCUCCUCUUCAUCAAUAGAGUCUCUAAUCAAGGUCCCACAGCCACCUAUACUCCCAUUCUUCAAGCCUGUUGAUUAUGUGAAAGUUUUAGCUCAAAUCCACGAAGAACUUGAGCUGUGUUCUCCACAGGAGCAGUCAAAUCUGUUUUUGUCACAGUACCAGGUCUUUAGGGGCUUGAGGGAUGUUAAACUGAUGCGUAGAAGCCUCCGGUCAGCUUGGAAGAGAGCAAAUACUGUUCAUGAGAAGAUUAUAUUUGGGGCAUGGCUGAAGUAUGAGAAGCAAGGGGAAGAAUUAGUUGCUCAGUUGCUCACAGCUUGUGGUAAAUGUGAGAAGGAAUAUGGGCCCAUAGACGUAGAAUCUCAUAUUUCUGCGGAUAAAGUUAUACGUUCCCAGGAUAGAGUUUCCAUGAACGGGAACCACACUUCACAAUAUGUUAUCUUUACAAUUGGAGAUGAGAAGAUAGUCUGUGAUAGACAAAAGAUUUCUGAACUUUCAGCACCAUUUCAUGCAAUGCUAAAGGGGUGUUUCAGGGAAUCCCUUUCUGAGACUAUCGAUUUGUCAGAAAACAACAUCUCUCCUUCAGGUAUGAGGGCAAUAAGUUAUUUUAGCCUGACAGGCAGUUUAAUUGAUGUCCCUCAAAAUCUUUUGGUGGAGAUAUCAGUUUUUGCAAACAAGUAUUGUUGCGAAACACUAAAACUGGCUUGUGAUAGAAGACUUGCAUCCGUAGUUUCCUCCAGAGAAGAUGCUCUGGAACUCAUGGAAUAUGCUGUUGAUCAGAAUUCAUCUGUCCUUGCAGCUUCUUGUUUACAAGCUCUUUUACGCGAUAUUCCCAACUGCUUGAGUGACAAUCGGGUUGUGGAAUUAUUUAUUCAUGCUAAUAGGCAGCAGUUGGAAGUCAUGGUUGGGCCUGGUGUAUUUGCACUUUUCUGUUUCUUAAGCGAAGUUUCUAUGAACCUCAGCUCUAGUUCAGACACAACAGCUCAUUUUCUGGAACGGUUAGUUGAUUUUGCUGAAAAUGACAAGCAGAGACUGCUGGCAUUUCAUGAAUUGGGAUGUGUAAGGCUCUCAAGGAAAGAAUAUGAUGAAGCCUAUGGUCUUUUUGAGAGGGCUGUAAAUGCAGGUCAUAUUUAUUCCGUUGCAGGUUUAGCUAGACUGGACUCUAUAAAGGGUGAGAAGCUUUUACCUUAUCAGAAGAUCAGCUCAGUCAUUUCUUCUGGUACUCCACAUGGAUGGAUGUACCAGGAAAGAGCACUAUACUGUGAUGGUGAUUUGAGGUGGAAGGACCUUGAGAAAGCAACUGAUCUGGACCCGACUCUUGUAUAUCCCUACAUGUAUAGGUCUGCCUCUUUAAUGAGGAAAGGGAACGUUCAAGGUGCAUUAGCUGAAAUCAACCGGAUUCUUGGCUUCAAACUUUCAUUAGAGUGUUUGGAACUACGGUUUUUCAUCUAUCUAGUCCUUGAGGGCUACGAAGCAGCGCUCCGAGAUGUUCAAGCAAUUCUUACCCUGUGUCCAUCUUAUAAAAUGUUUGAGGGGCGUGUAGCUGCAUCUCAGCUCUGUACUCUUGUGCGUGAGCAUGUUGAACAUUGGACAACUGCAGAUUGUUGGGCACGAUUAUAUGAUUGUUGGUCUGCUGUGGAUGAUAUCGAGUCUCUUUCUGUUAUCUACCAGAUGCUUGAAUCUGAUGCGGCCAAAGGUGUUCUAUACUUCAGACAGUCAUUGCUUCUCCUCAGUGACUAUGAGUAG